GCAUGGUAGUGGGGGCGCCGGCCGCCCUUGGGCUCCUACUGCUGCCGCCGCUCCUGCCGCUGCCGCAGGUGGCGCUGGGCUUCGGGGACAGCAGCUGCGACCCCUCGGACCUGUGCCCGCCCCAGGCCCGCUGGAGCAGCCUGUGGCACGUGGGGCUUAUCUUACUCGCUGUCCUUCUGCUGCUGCUGUGCGGGGUCACCGCCAGUUGUGUCCGGUUCUGCUGCCUCCGGAAGCGGGCACACACCGAGCCACACCUGCCGGCAACACCUCAGCCAAGCGGCCUGACGGUCAGCCCUACAGACAGCGACAGCACUGUGCACAGCACUGUGACUUCUUACAGCUCUGUGCAGUAUCCGCUGAGCACGCGGCUGCCCCUGCCCUUUGGGGAGCUGGACCUCGACUCCAUGACCCCUCCUGCCUACAGCCCGUAUGCCCCUGAGCUGCCACCCUCCUACGAAGAGGCUGUCAAGAUGGCCAAACCCAGACAGCAAGAGCCGCCCCCCUCUUAGUGACCCAGUCCUCUCCCUGGGGCCUGAGGCCUAGAGACAUGGGCAGGGCCCCCGGAGCCAGGCUCCAAUGGCCAGCACCCCUGGCUGUAGCCCCAGUGCCCCUCAAAGGCAGAGGAAAGUCCUCUUGAACCUCCCGAUGCUGCCAGCCACCCCGUGCUCAGAGGGACCCGGUGCAAGGGCACUUGCAGCCAGGGACCCCCCCCCCAGCACAACCCUACCAUCCUUCCCCAGGGAAGGCCAGCCGUCCAGCACAUUGCUGCAGCCCUGGCCGCGUUGCUGUGUGACGCCAGGCAGCCAAGCCGGCUGGCCCUGUGUUGGACACACACACACACACACACACACACACACACACACACACACGUGCAUGUGCUUAUGAAGGCUGCUGCAUUCAGCCCUGACCCCACAGGCCUCAGCCCCAGGGCUCAGGGCUGCCUGUGACACCCCAGCUUUUUGGAGAGAGCAUAAAAUGUGUACCUAAGUGAUCUCCCUCUGAGGAGCUCCGGGAGGGGCCUGUGGGUGGCCAUCCCCCCCCCCCCACCCCCCAGGCGGGCGGGCAGGCAGGGCGAGUGGUAGCCUUCAACCUGCCCCCAGCCUGGCUUUCAGGCUGCUGUCUGGAGCCCGGAGCUGGGCAGCGGGAGGGACGGGCCACGCACCAUGGCUGCCCAGGGAGAACCCUCUCCUCGCUCCAGACCCACAUCCUUGUCAGCCCCCCCCCCC